AUGGGUUCUGAAAGUCGCUCGUACCUCAAAUAUCCCCCAGCUAUCGAGGGGCCACCGGUUCCGUAUAAAUACGAGGAUCAGUCCAUUCCGGUAUUCCGUGGCACCCCUCUGGUGAUCGGCGCGACAUUGAUCCAUAAUAUCGGUUUUAUCCAGAGCCACUUCUGGCGAACUGCAGGCUUUGGCGUCAUUCGCGAGAUCCCUCAUCUUCACCAGUACGCUGGACGCUCCGACCCAAGCGUGAUUCCCGUUGAAAAGAAUACCCCGACCGAUGUACCGACCCCCACGAUCGCGAAGAGAAAAGAAAAUAAGGGAUACUACACCUCUGCCGAUUACCAUGAACUGUACGUGUCAGGCGCGCUGACUCCGACCACGGUUGUUGAGACGCUGCUGCCUUUGAUCCGUCGCGAUGUUACUCCCGCGGGCAAGCAUUCGACUGCGUUCCUCGAGUCUCAGGUAGAGAUAAUCCGCGCCGCUGCAGAGGAGUCCACAAAGCGAUAUAAGGAGGGCAAGUCACUUGGGCCUCUUGACGGUGUGCCUGUUGCAAUCAAAGAUGAGGUGCACAUCACUGGCUAUAAGCGUACUCUGGGCACGAAGUUGGAUUUCAAGGCUGGCAACGAUGGCACCUCUUGGUGUGUCAGGAAAUGGCAGGAGGCUGGUGCAAUCGUGAUUGGAAAGAGCACGAUGCACGAGCUAGGCCUAGAUACAACCAAUAACAACCCCAAUUAUGGAACUCCCAAGAACCCUCACAACCAGAACUACUACUGUGGUGGUUCCUCUGGAGGUUCCGGGUAUGCUGUCGGAGCCGGCCUCGUGCCUAUUGCGCUUGGCGCAGACGGCGGGGGCUCAAUUCGCAUCCCAUCAUCGUUCUGCGGCAUUUGGGGUCUGAAGACUACACACGGCCGUGUGUCUGGAGCUCCAUCCCUGAGUCUCGCACCCACUGUUGGUGUUCUUGGACCCAUGGCAUCUAGCAUUGAUGAUCUAGCCGUUUCCUACCGGAUCAUGGCAGCACCUGCUCCGGAAACAGAGGAUUCGACCUCAGCACUAUUCUCUCAACCUGUCCCAUUGCCCGCGGACCGGAAGCGAAACAAGACUAUUGGUAUUUACCGUGAUUGGAUUGACCGCGCAGAACCGGCAGUUCGUGAAGUAUUUGACAGGGCGCUCAACUACUACCGUGAGAACGGCUAUAGUGUCGUUGACAUCACGAUCCCUUACCUCCCAGAGGGCCAAAAAGCCCAUGUCUUGACCAUCAUGGCAGAUAUUGCAUCCGGUGUCAGUACUAGUCAGAUCCGACACCUCACCGCCCCUAACAAGGUCCUCGUAUCAAUGGGCAUGUACCAAAUCACCGCACAGGAUCUCCUCGCCUCUCAGCGCCUCCGUAACCUUCUCAUGACCCACCUUUCAUAUCUCUUCCAGAAACACCCUGGUCUGCUAAUUCUUUCCCCAACAACUCCCCUCCCGGGAUGGAACAUCCAAGGAGGAGAGGCGGACCUCGUCCGCGGUGUAUCAGACGGCGGAAUGUCCGUACGGAACAUGGAGUACGUAUGGCUUGCAAACUUCACCGGGUGUCCCUCAAUCAACUGCCCUGCUGGUUACGACCGUGAGACAGGAGUGCCUAUCGGCAUUAUGGCGAUGAGCGACUGGGGUACCGAAGAGGAUUUGAUUGACUUUGCGCGCGAUGGAGAGGCCAUCCUAGAUAUUCCCGCCAACAGACCACCCGCUGCUAGCGGGACAGAUGCGGGGCUGGAUGGGCUGCACAUCCCAGCGGCGGCCGACUCAAUCUGGGAGGAUGUUAUUGGUAAAGCUAUGGAGGCCCAGUCUGCGUAA